GGCGCGCGGCGACUGCGAUCGCGGGGCCUGCUAGGACCAGGGCGCAGAGGCGGGACUGUGGCUCCCUCCCGCUCGGGGGGAGCCCGGGAGGCUGCAGGGCUGAAGCGCGAGCCGAGAGGGAGGCAGAGCGGAGAAGAGGCGGUCUCGAGCACGAGUGGGGUGGGGCGUGCCCACGGGCCCCCGCCCCUCUCGGCCCCUAGCCCAACUCCGGAGCUGCAGCCCAGGCUCACGCGGGCCGGAGGUGCACUCCGUCUCCCCACCCCAGUGCGUUCUGCGGCCACCCAGGCCUUCCAGGACGCCGUGGAAGGGGGACGGGUGCAGGGACAACCCCCUUUUGCAGGAGCCGUCGGGGGGCGGACCCAGGCACAGCGAGCAGCCCGCUGGAGCCAGGCGCAGGGUCUGGGACGCAGUUGGGAGCGCAGAGGGCUGGCUGGGCGCCACAGCAGCGAGCAGCAGACUGGGGCUGGGGCCUCCUGUGUGACAGGCCCUGCGCGGCUGGAAGAAUGAUCAGAGAGCAGCAGAGAAGAGGCCUGAUCUAGAGUGGGGGUGGCCUCACUCCCUUACCUGAGUGAGGGGACCAAGGAAUUUAGAGCAGCGUCCCCCCACCGUAAGGAAGACAUUGGCUUUCCAGAGCAGCACCCUUGAACUGAGACAGCUCUGUGUGGAAGGGGGUCCUUGGAGCCUGGAGUACCACCCCACUCUCCUUCCCUGAGGCUUCUAGGCCCCAGAGAGGACCCAGAGUUAGCAAGGAGGCGGGACAGCCCUUGCUGCGCCCCUGGGAAGAGAGGACGUUCCCUGUCUGCCCUCAGGUCCCAGGAGGAGCUGGGCCAAGCAACAGUGGGGACCUGGCCCCUGAGGCCACAGCGGCCAUGUCUCGGCCAGGCCAGGGUGUGAUGGUGCCUGUGAACGGGCUGGGCUUCCCGCCGCAGAAUGUGGCUCGGGUGGUGGUAUGGGAGUGGCUGAACGAGCACAGCCGCUGGCGGCCCUACACGGCCACCGUGUGCCACCACAUUGAGAAUGUGCUCAAGGAAGACGCCCGUGGCUCCGUGGUCCUGGGGCAGGUGGAUGCUCAGCUGGUGCCCUACAUCAUCGACCUGCAAUCCAUGCACCAGUUCCGCCAGGACACAGGCACCAUGCGGCCCGUGCGGCGCAACUUCUACGAUCCGUCGUCGGCGCCGGGCAAGGGCAUCGUGUGGGAGUGGGAGAACGACGGCGGCGCGUGGACGGCCUACGACAUGGACAUCUGCAUCACCAUCCAGAACGCCUACGAGAAGCAGCACCCGUGGCUCGACCUCUCGUCGCUCGGCUUCUGCUACCUCAUCUACUUCAACAGCAUGUCGCAGAUGAACCGCCAGACGCGGCGGCGCCGCCGCCUUCGCCGCCGCCUGGACCUGGCCUACCCGCUAACCGUCGGCUCCAUCCCCAAGUCGCAGUCGUGGCCCGUGGGCGCCAGCUCGGGCCAGCCCUGCUCGUGCCAGCAGUGCCUGCUGGUCAACAGCACGCGUGCCGCCUCCAAUGCCAUCCUGGCCUCGCAGCGCCGCAAGGCACCCCCCGUCGCCCCGCCGCUGCCGCCGCCACCCGGAGGGCCUCCGGGCACGCUCGCCGUGCGCCCCAGUGCCACCUUUGCCGGCGCAGCGCUCUGGGCCGCGCCCGCUGCUGGACCGGCUGAGCCCGCGCCACCCCCGCGGAGCCCCAGCGCCCCCAGCAGCGCGCCCACCCCGGGGCAGAACAACCUCAAUCGGCCUGGGCCCCAGCGCACGACCAGCGUGAGCGCGCGCGCCUCCAUCCCUCCGGGGGUCCCUGCACUCCCGGUGAAGAACUUGAAUGGUACUGGGCCAGUCCACCCGGCCCUGGCAGGGAUGACCGGGAUCCUGCUGUGUGCGGCCGGGCUGCCGGUGUGUCUGACGCGGGCCCCCAAGCCCAUCCUGCACCCGCCGCCCGUGAGCAAGAGUGACGUCAAGCCCGUGCCCGGCGUGCCCGGCGUGUGCCGCAAGACCAAGAAGAAGCACCUCAAGAAGAGUAAGAACCCGGAGGAUGUGGUUCGAAGGUACAUGCAGAAGGUGAAGAACCCCCCUGAUGAGGACUGCACCAUCUGCAUGGAGCGACUGGUCACCGCCUCAGGCUACGAGGGCGUGCUGAGGCACAAAGGCGUGAGGCCUGAGCUUGUGGGCCGCCUGGGCCGCUGCGGCCACAUGUACCAUCUGCUGUGCCUUGUGGCCAUGUACUCCAAUGGCAACAAGGAUGGCAGCCUGCAGUGCCCGACCUGCAAGGCCAUCUACGGGGAGAAGACGGGCACCCAGCCACCCGGGAAGAUGGAGUUCCACCUCAUCCCCCACUCACUGCCUGGCUUCGCAGACACCCAGACCAUCCGCAUCGUCUACGACAUCCCCACGGGCAUCCAGGGCCCUGAGCACCCCAACCCCGGCAAGAAGUUUACCGCAAGAGGCUUCCCACGGCACUGCUAUCUGCCUAACAACGAGAAGGGCCGGAAGGUGCUUCGGUUGCUCAUCACCGCCUGGGAGCGAAGACUCAUCUUCACCAUCGGCACGUCCAACACCACCGGCGAGUCAGACACUGUGGUGUGGAAUGAGAUCCACCAUAAGACCGAGUUCGGAUCCAACCUCACGGGCCAUGGCUACCCGGACGCCAGCUACCUAGACAAUGUGCUGGCAGAGCUCACAGCCCAGGGUGUGUCCGAAGCUCCGGCCAAGGCCUGAGGUUCAAGGCUGCCCACCUUCCCUCCUGCUUUGCCCCUGGUCCGGCACACGCCUUCCUCUGCCAGAGCGGAAGGCUUGAAUAAGAGAGUCCUAGCGGCCCGAGUUCAGGGCUGGGGAGGAGCCUUCAGAAGGAGCUGGAAGUGUUCAGGGGAUUUGGGAUGUCGGGAGGACAUGAGGCCAGCCAGCUCCAAUCCACAGCUCCCUGAAAGGGCCUCAGAGAGAGAGUUCCAGAAACCACAGCAGCCUCCCCAGCAAAAAGACAGAGACCCGCCCCCUCACACACAAACACACGUGUCCUUUUGAACACAUGCACGCACACACACGUGCCUCUAUUUACCCCCAAGCUGGGGGAAAAGAGACAGGAAGACCCAGUGGUACCCAUUGUGGAUCCCCACCUGUGUCUAUGGCAUCUGUACAGGCUUGUCUGCAAACAGAGGGUUCAGGGGAAGCACUUAGGACCCAGUGGGCCUUCUGGGCAAGGGGCUUGGGAAGUUCAGUCAGUCCUCCAUGCCUCGCCACCCUUGUAGCAUCACCCAUCUCUGCCACCCACUAAUGGGCACCUGUGUGCUGGUGGGGUUGGAGCCCCCAGAUUACUGAACAGUUUGGCAAAGGGAUGAGCCGGAGAGGGGGACUAGAGGUAUCUUAUUUUGUGCUUGUGUCUCUUCCUCCUUCUGGGACCUGACCUCCUUCCUCCCUGCUCCCACUUCCAGGCUUUACCUCUGUCCCAGAUAAAGGCACUGUUCUCCUCCCCUCCCCACUCCAUCCUCCCCACCAAAUCACUCCCAACGUUGAGAUCCAAAGGCUGGAGCUUCUGGCUUCAGGAGCAUGAUGAGAAGGCCUAGCUUAGGCCAGCGUGCUUAAAAAGCAGAGCGGACAACAAAGAGUCAAUUUCCCUUUUUGGGAGUGGGCAGUAGGGUGGCUGAUAGUCUCCGGCCAACCAGGGGCCUGUUGCCCAGGCAACUCACCAGCUCCGCCUCUGAUGAUUGGCUGCCACAGUGGAAGUCAGCCAAGAUUUAAAGGGACUUCAGCGAUUGCUCUUUUGAAAACCUACCAGUUCCACUGUGGGUGGAGAAAUAAAUGGUCUUUCUCCUCCUCACCCGGUCUUUUCCUGCCAGGAGGGGUGGGUAGCUCUGUUCCUUGGGGUACUAUGGAGGAGUAAUAGUCUCUCUCAGCUUUGGGCAACUGGAGGUGGAGACAAAGUGGAGGGUCGACAUAAUUAUCUCGUCCUGGGGCAAGGAGAGGGCAUGACUGUGGGGGAAGCAGGCCUUCCUAGUCCCAGUCCCCAAGAGAGCAGAGGUGAAAGUGCAGUUCUCAAACACAGGGCAUUGCACACAGCUGCUCUCUGAAACUCAGGCCCACAGCUGCAAAAAUACAGAGGAUGUGGGAGACACCAUGAUUAGAUCACUGGGACCUCAGAGACCCAGCCCCUGCCCUUGAAAAGGAGGAGCAGAUUCUAGAGGGAAACGGGCAGAUCUUAGGAUCUGCCAGCCCCAAACUCUAGCUUCUGCAACAUCCCUAGUUGCCAGGGUUACUGUAAAGGAUGCUGCGGCUCCAGGCGCCCCCUACUGGCCGCUCACGGAAUAGUGCCACAUCACUUGUCCACUUUAUCCCCUGCUGGGUAGGUGCCAGCUGUAUCCAACCCUCUAGUCAUGCAAAUCCACAAACAAGUCCUUGGAGGCCCUUCCAGUUCUGCCAGCCAGCUGUUUUCAAACUUUUUGUCCUCUGUGGUUCGUUCUCAACCAAAACCCUAAUAUAUAAAAUUGCCCACGCCCCAGUCACCUUGUUCUAUAAACAAAUGGCCACCGGCCUCCCCUGAGGAACUUGUUAAAAUAGUGAUUCCUACCCCCUACACUCUCUCAGAUUCUGGCACAUUAAGUCUCAGUGGGGUCCAGGAAUUUGCAUUUUCAUCAGUCACCCCCCACCCCCCCGCCAUGGGCUUUGAACCACGGUCUGAGAAACUCCUUCCUGGCUCCUGAGGCACCUUGGUGGAACACAUUUUGAGAACCAUACAACUAAAUUCACUCCUCCUUCAUUUUAUAGAGGGUAAACUGGAGCUCAGAGAGGGGGAAGACAGCCUGCCCCAAGAUUUCCCAGGCACACUGGACUUCUGCCUCAGUUUUUCCUGAGAGUGCCUGAUUCUAAAAGCUUGUGGUUUGGGGUCCUUUCCCAAGGGCAAGGUGCAGGGA